AUGGGUAUUAUAGAUAAUUUUGGUAAACUCUCUGGCCAAAUGAUUAAUUUCUUGAAAUCAGCAGCUUUUAUAGCAGGAGAUAUUUCAGAUGAGAGAAAACAUUAUAUAAAGAACAAAUUAGGAGUUAAGGAGCUAUGUACUUCUGAUAAGUAUCUUGGUCUCCCAAUUCUUCCUGGUAAGUCUAAAGCCAGCCCUUUUGAAAGUCUGUCUGAUGCUUUCGCAAAUAGAUUACAAGGUUGGAAUUCCAAAACCUUAAAUCAAGCGGCAAGAACCACAUUGGUUAAGGCUGUCCUCAAUACUAUUCCAGCACAUUAUAUGGGUAAUUUUAGAAUAACACAAGCAUUCAAAGAAGAUUCUGGUGGGGACAUAAAUCCAACAGAGGAAUUAGCUUCAUGA